ACCCCCCGUUGCCUCUGACUCCCUCCGAAGCUGCCCGCACCCAGCGCCCCAGGUGGACACGAGACGCGACACACGCUAUCGGCGCCUGGCCGCCUGCUCGGCUGCUCCGGCGCGCCACCCCGCCGCCCGGAGGGGGCCUCCUCCACCUUGCCUUCCCGUCUGGCGACGCCUCCUUCGGAUCCUGACUUCGCCGCCCCCUCCGUGCAGGUCGAAGUGGUGGCGCCCCCGGCUGCCCUGCCCCCUGCAGGCCGGCGCCCCUGCUGCCGUGAGGCCGACGCCCCUAUAGCCAUGUUCGCAGCUCCUUAAGGCUGAAGGUUGAUAGGGGAUGAGCCCCCAACGCCUGCACAAGGGAGAAGCAUCCUCCAACUUUUGGCUAUUUCCUACAGUUGAUAACCAAAGUACUCAGCCAUGGUGUUUCUUGAGGCGGAGAUGUCAUGGAAUGUGUUGAUCUCACCUUGCCAGCUGGACCGCAAGGGCCUCCUGCUCCGUAAGGCUAUCAUUGUGCGUCUUCUGGAGGAUGUUACGAAUAGGAGGGCUUCCAAGGAGCAUGGGUACUACAUUGCCGUCAAUCAGCUGAAGGCGAUAUCUGAAGGGAAAGUGCGUGAGCUAACUGGAGAUGUUCUGUUCCCAGUUACGUUCACCUGCAUAACGCAGAAGCCUAUGAAGGGUGAGGUCAUGGUUGGAUACGUGGAUAGGAUCCUCAAGCAUGGUGUGUUUCUCAAAUCUGGACCCAUCGAGAGCAUCUUCAUGGCUGAGAAGUCGAUGAGCGACUACAAGUACAUUGGUGGGGAGAACCCGAUCUUCAUGAAUGAACACUCGAAGCUGGAGAAGGUCGCUGCCGUGCGUUUCAAGGUCAUGGGGUUCCGUUGGAUGGAAGCCGACCGCCAAUUCCAGCUUCUUGCUACAAUAGCUGGUGACUUUCUCGGGCCUCUGUGAACUGCUUCCACAGGUUAAAUGCGAUUCCGAUGUACAUUGCCCAAUUAGAUGGUUGAUGGAUGGGCCGAUCUGUGUUAGAAUGAACUUUGCAUCCUGUAGUUUCUCUGUAGUGGCAACACAUGGCCGAUGUCUUAUCUGACGGUAAUGCUAUCCACUGAUGCCAGACAUUUGGCUCCGUGGUUUUGACAUUGUCAGUAUACUUUGACGAGCCAGUGUUGCCAUGGAUAUUCACCUUUCUGUGAUUGCUUGCAAGUGCACGCUACUUGGUGUUCCCUGAUCUGUCAGUGAUUGGAUUUGCAUA